ACACGGGAGUUGGGUUUGGAGCCCCACCCCUUAGGCUUUGCACCCCACUAAAACAGAUACGGAAUUUAAAUUUCCGUAUCAAUACGGAAAAUAAAAUUCCGUAUCUGUUUUAGUAUAUAAUGAGUGGUUGAAAAUGUGACACGCAUGCUUAAAUACAGUACGGAAUUUUAAGUUCCGUAUUCAAUAUGGAGAAUACGGAACUUUAAAUUCCGUAUUUGAUAAAGUGGGGUGCCAAGCCCCAUAGGUGGGGUGCCAAACCCAACUCCCCAUCUACACCGAGCUUCCAUUGAUCCUCCAAUGGCGGAUAGGAUUAGCAAGCUUCCAGAUGAAGUUCUGUGUCAAAUUCUUUCAUUUCUUCCCACUGAAGAAGCUGUUGCCACCAGUGUUCUCUCACAGAGGUGGAGUUCACUCUGGCUUUCAGUCCCAACCCUAGAUUUCAACGACAAUCGAUAUCUCAAAGGCAAGGAAUUACAGUCUUCCUUCAUCAAUUUCGUGUACGCUAUUAUUCUCUCACGAUGUUCGAAUCAACCCAUCAAAAACUUCACCCUCAGCGUAAGCGAAGAAUGCCCCUAUUCCGAUCUCAAGGUAUGGUUAAACGCCGCAAUGCAACGCCAAGUUGAGAAUCUCUAUCUCAGUUUUCCCGGUGCAUAUGCGCCUUGCUUUAUUCUCACCUGCAAAACCCUUGUUGUUCUCAACCUGAAAUCUGUAUAUUUUGAUGGGUUUUCUUCUGUUGACCUUCCAUCACUCAAAACACUGCAUUUGGAUCUUGUUGAGAUUUUGAACCCUCCAACUUUGAAGGGCCUUGUUUAUGGGUGUCCAGUUCUUGAAGAUUUGGAAAUAAAUGACAUGAUUUAUGUUCAUGAUGAUGGCCCUUCACCUGAGGGAAAAGUUCAAAGUUUAUCCAAGUUGGUUAGAGCAGAAGUUUUCUUGUACGGUGAUAUUUCUAUUCCUGUGGAAGCUUUUUGCAAUGUACAGUUUCUGACCUUAGACAGGUGCGAUGGUGACAUUCUUGUGUUUCCUAAUUUAAUUUACAUGGAGCUUCACCUUGGAGGCUCGAUUAGUUGGAGUUUGGCCCUCGAUAUGCUCAAUCAUUGCCCUAAGCUUCAUACUGUUGUCUUUGAUUUGACUUAUGUUGAUAAAUAUGAUGUUUGGCCAGACCCAGGUUUUGUUCCUGAAUGCUUUCGUUCACAUCUUAGGAAGUGCUUUCUUAAAGGUUUUAGAUGAGUGGAAUGUCAAAGGAGAUUUGCAAGGUAUGUUAUGCAAAACUCAGCGUCGUUACGUACCAUGAAAUUUUGCAGUGGGCCAAAUCAUCGGAGAACGCUUGAAAUGAUGACAGAAUUAACCUCGUACCCAAGGAGCUCUGCAGUUUGUGAACUUUCAUAUGAGUAAUUGAUAUGUUUGUUACUCGUUAGUAGUUGGAGAUCAUUCCUCAAGUGAUUGCAUUUGUUCUUAGUUCUACUUUUAAUGUAUCUACUGGUUUGAUGGACACAAACUUUGUGUGCUAUUGCACUCUUUCUGCUGUUAUUGUUUUCAAUAUUACUAUCUCAUGCAGUACAACUACUUUUCUAAAUGUAAUGUAAACUGAAAUGAGAAUAGAUUUUCAAAUUUGCU